AUGACAGAUAUUCCAUUGAAUCUAGAAGUGGAACCUUCUGCAUUCCAACCUUUCCCAUCCACUAACUCAGGGGAUGAUAAUGGUGAUGAUACUUCAUAUAGAUCAGUUAAAAUCAAUGAUAAGAAUGUGAUUAUAGGGAAUAGGAAACGAUCCAAUUCACAAUCACAAGCUAAUACUACUCCCACUCCCAUAUCAGCUACAUCCAAUACUACUACCAAUAACAAUAACAAUAAUAACAAUAAUGGUAGUAGUAAUACCACCAAUCAAUCUAAAUCAUCAUCAGUAGCAACAUCUACUUCUAUAGUCAAUGGUACAUCAUCAUCCGCCACUUCUAUAUUAUCAACCACAAAUCGUCAACAUACCUUACAACCAAAACGAAGAACUCAAUUACAACACUAUGUAACACUUGUCCCAUUAAAUGAUACUUUCAUAAAGAAACAUUUACCAGUAAGUAUAUUUCCUGAAACUACUAAAUUAGGUAGACCAACAGGUACAAAACAUAAACCAGAUGUAACGAAUGGUUACUUUGAAUCAAGAGUAUUAAGUAGAAAUCAUGCACAAAUAUAUAUCGAUCCAAGCAAUGGGAAACUAAUGUUACAAGAUUUACAUUCAUCUAAUGGUACAUAUGUUAAUGAAAUGAAAUUAGCUGAUGAUCCAGUUGAAAUUAAUAUUGGUGAUGUGGUUUGUUUAGGAUUUAAUGUUCAAACUGAAUCAACUCAUAAACAAAUCAGCUUAAGAGUGGAUAAUAUUAAUAUAAUCCCCAAUACAAGCUCAAAUACUACAUCUAAGACUGAUUCAACUUUUCAAAUUCUUCAAGAUGAUUCUAGUAUAGAAUUCAAACAUUUAAGUUUUAUUGAAGAUAUAUAUCGACAAAUCAAAGCUAAGGAGGAACAAGAAGAACAACAGCAACAAAAGUAUUCCCAAAAAAAUAUUCAAAAACCAAAAGAUCUUGAUGAUCUUUCAUUUGAUAGUGCAUUAUUCGGUGAUAUAAAUCCUGAUUUAGAAGAUAAUUUAUUAGGAUUAUAUUCUGGAGCUAAUUCUGGUAUAUUUAAUAAUUCCCAAAUCACCAAUUCCAAUACAUUUGAAGGUAUUAUCAAUCAAUUAGUGAUUAAUCUAUCCAAAGUUAAACAACAAAAUAAUAAUUUAGUAUCUAUAAGUCAAUUUUUAACUAAUUAUCAAGAGAAUUUAUCCACGAUAAAUUCAAAAUAUUUAGAUAAACAAUUUGAGAUUAGAACAUCCGAUAUAACCCAAGAACUAAGUCAACAAAAGUUAAACACGAUCAAAUUAAAUGAUCAAUUAAAAUCAGUCGAGAAAGAAUUAAAUGUUAAUAAAGAUAUUUAUAGUCUGAAAUUAAAGACUUCCAAACGAGAAUAUGAAGAUUUGAAUAAGAAAUAUGAUAAAUUACGAGAAAAAUUCGAUGAUUUACAAACUCAAUUAGAGUUAGAAAAGAAGAAGAGUGCUAUAUUAAUGACUCAAUCCCCUAGUAAAGAUCUGCAUGAAUAUGCUGAUGCUUCAAAUGAAUUAUUGAUUGAUGAAUUUGAUGAUCUUGAUGAUGAUAGUAUCAUAAGCAAUUCAUACCAUAAGAAGGAGACCAAUACUCGUAAGAGACAAAAAUCUAAUGCUGAUAGUGCCAGUCUUAAUCAUAAUCAUAACAUUACCAAUGGAAGUGAUAAUAAAGAAGUAUAUAUUAAUGGCAAUGAAACAGUUAGUUCAAGUUCAUCAAGUGAAAGUAGAAAGAAUGCAUUACUAUCCCCCAAUACUCCAAACAAUCAUAAUAAUAAUCACAAUCAUAACAAUAACGCCCGUCAAGCCAUUGCAAGAAAUGAUAUGGUUGAUUUAACUCCUCCAAUCUCAGAUAAUGAAGACAAUGAUCCUGAUAUAGAAGAAAUACGACAAUCAACUUCGAGUGAGAGUGAUGAUUUAAAAGAUGAAGAAAUUCAAUCAUCAAUAUCAACCUUAAAUGGUGUAUUCCAUGAUACAUUAGAGCCAAUAUUGGAUGAUGAAGAUACUUUCAAUAAUACUGAUUCGAAACAACAACAAGGCUUAGAUGGUAAGGUUUGGAUACCGAUGGUGGUUAUACUCUUCACCGCUUGUUUGACUGCAUUUUACACCCAACAAGAACCCAAUGUUGUUAGUAAUUAUAUAUAUAAUUCUUUAAAUAGUUAA